CUUCAGAGGGAGGGCACUCUCAAUUUCAGGAAUGGCACAAGUUAUAGACACUCCCGAGCGUGAUGAAUAUUGAUGAUAAUGAUUUGUAUAGGCAGCUGUUUCAAAAAAUGUUCUAGCUGGAUAGUUAGGUUGAAUAGGAACAAUAGGAACAUUUCAAGAAUGAUUAAAGUCCCGAUUUAUGGUAUGCUGUAAUACUGAAAACAGCAAUCAAACAAACAUCAAAAUUUUUACAGGGUAAAUCUGUGGAUAAUAGUAGUAUGGCCUACUGUCAAUAUACUGAUGAAGUUUUGCGAAAUAUUUGCAGCCAGGUUCUAGCAAAAGCUUCUAAAAAUGUUAACGAUUUCCAUACAACUUUUGAAGAAAUUGAGGGACAUAUUUGGGAAACUAAAAUUCUGAGGCCAAAAGUUAUACUUCUUCACGCUCUUGAAGAUGAUUGCAGAAUGAACAUCAGUUGAAUUGAUAAUUGAAAUAUGAAGAGGUUAAUAACUGUGGCAUGCUGGCGAUUUUCGAUUGUACAAAUGAACCCAGAAUUGUGGAACGACUUGAUUUUUCUUCACAUGAUACAAUUAAUCUUAGCAGUGACGGUUGAGGUUUUCUAGGGGUUUUCCUCGCCCAAGUGCGAAUGCAGUCACUAAAAAACCAUAUUCCCCUAAUAAAUAGUAGAUAAAAUGAAAAUUGUACUUCUAUUAA